AAGAUGUAAAUAAUGUUGAGGUAUAAUGUUGUGCUAGCUAGCUCGGGUUAGCCAGCUCAGCAACUUCGCUAGUACAGUCAGUUUGUCCUGCCCGCUGGGCUGGCUUCAUGAAGCUGCUGUUACUGAUCAUAAAGAUAGUCAGGAAGGCGCAGAAUUUCCCUAGAAAUUAUCAUGCACAGUAUGAUGAAUGUUUAAACAAUUUUGGGACAAAAGGAACACUUUUUUUUCAAUGUAGGAUAUGCGGCCAGUAUUUUCUGAACCGUCUGGUUAGUUAACUUAGUAUAAAGUAAAUGCUUCAGCUGGACAAUGACAGGUUAUGGUCGGUCGAGUGACGCGAUUUUUGUUCUUUUAAGCGACUGACCUGUUAAAAAAAGAUGUGUAUAUUAUUACUGAUGAGCACAAGUCAUCAGACACACAGUGGAGCCUGUUGUAUUGAAACACAGUUACAGCAGCUUGAACUGGAAUUGUGCCGCACAAUGUUGGCUUCUAAAUGGAUUUCUCAGGUGACAGGAGCAAUUACUGAAAGCUAGCUUUGUUUACACUGUCAUUGUGUAGAAAGAGUAUACCGCUUCGUUGAGUACACAUUUACGACAAGUUUCUUAUUAAUUUCCGGCCUUGUUUCUACGUGUUUUUUAACGACUUGUGUCUGUAAAAGUCGCAGUCGAAUGGGGGAAGAAUAUGAAAUGGAUAGUGUUAGCCAGAGAGCUAACCGAGUUGAUGACGAGGUAAAAAUGGCGGAUCUUUCGAAAUCCAACCCCGGCCUGAAAUAGUAACGCAACGAGCUUGACGCUUUCCCCCCAGUCUUUUACCCCAAGCGACAUCACUUCUUGGGUUGUUUUUAAUGCAGACUAAUGCAGCCCGCGUUUGUUGGCUGUCCCUCCAGGCUCAUGGGGACACUCCGAGCAGUGAGUGUGUCUGUGUGGAGUAAAUAUGGGGCGGACAGAGGAGGGGUUCAUGUAUGAGCGUUUCGCUGGAUUAAUGUGGAGCAGAGUGCGGCAAGACAAAGAUACGCCGGAGAUAAACGGCGCGGCCUAGCGGACCCACCGUCAGCUGUCAGCUUCUGUCAAAAUCAGCUCGAGUCCAAAUGUACCUCCAGCUCAUCACUGCGUUCAUUUAAUCUCCCCUCCCUGGCAGCUAACAUUACAGGUCAAGUUCUCAAAGCGGGCAUUUUGGUCUCAACUCACUGCUAGCUUUGGCAUGGCUAGCUUUAUGUUUGUUUAACCCUCCAUUGGUUAAAGGCUGUCUUGCAUUGCUAUCCUGUUAAUGCAUAUUUGCAUUACAUGCAGCCAGUUGAAUUAAACGACGUGUUCGGUAGUUGAUAGUUGAAAGGUUUAAAGGAGAGCUAAGACACAGCAGGCAUGGAUGUGGUGUCACCGGAGCUCAACAGUCUCCUUCCUGAUGAAAUCAUGGAUACAGAGGCCAUAGAGGAGGUCCCUCACUCCCAGUCGGAGCCCACGCAUGACACGUCUGUCCCCAUGGAAACGGACGCUCCCGUGACAUCAGAAAGUUUAAACACCUGCUCCAACGCCACUCCUGCGGAGCGCGUCCAGGCCGCGACCGCCGCUGCAGCUGCAGACUCCGCCCCGGGGAGUCAGUCUUCCAUCACGAUUUCCGCUUCGUCGACCUUGUUCGCCAUGAAGCCCGCCUUGGCAACUUCCACAGCUACAACCAAAACUACAGACAGCCUCACCGGGACGACAGUUUCCACGAGCGGCACACAGAAGCUCGCAACUCCGUUCGCCUUUUCUGCCGCCAACCACCAGAUCAUUCUGAAUAAGGUGGCCUCGGCUCAAGCCACGGAGGCGGCGAAAGCCGCGGCUGCCCCAGCCCAAGUCAUCAAGCAAGAAGGGCAGAAACUUUUGGUCACGACGAUAGGGAAGUCGGGGCAGCCGAUAGUGCUCCAGUUACCCCACACAAGCGGCAAACCUGGGGUUUCACAGACUUCAGGGGACGCGAAGUCUCCAUCGCCGCAGUUCAAAGUGGUGACUAUUGGUGGGAGAGAGCUGAAACCAGUGGUGGGCAGCGCCGGCAACCAGGUGACUACGUUGCAGGCCCAGCAGCUGAAGACCGUACAGAUCCCCAAGAAAACACCAGCAUCCUCAACUGCUCCAAUCAAGUUCAUCAUCACAAAGACGGUCAACAGCAAAGGCCUGAGUCCUCAGACGUCGGUGACUCCUGUUAUCGCAGGGCGCGUGGUGACGCAAACGUCUCCGGUGAUGUCACCAAAAACCAUCACGCUGUCCGAGCCCCACAACACUACGAUCCAGAGCAUUUCUGGCAAAAAGAUCGCCAUCUCGCCUCUGAAGACUCCCAGCAAGGUAACCGUGGUGUCUGUGGCUUCCCCGCCGUCCAACACCAGCCAGAAGUCGGUAGCUCUGCCUGUCAAUGUAGCACUUGGCCAGCAAAUUCUUGCAGUCCAGCAGUCGGCGCCUGCAUCUCCAGUCAAGGUGGCCACCAGCCAGACGCCUGCUCAGAACAUUAAGCCUGUCCAGUCCGUCGCUGUGGGAGGAGUGGGCGGCUCCCAGUUCAAGACCAUCAUCCCUCUGGCCACCCAGCCAAACGUGCAGCAGAUUCAGGUGCCAGGAAGCAGGUUUCACUACGUCCGCCUCGUCACGGCGACCACGGCCAGCGCGGCUGGUCAGCCCAGCGCUCCCAACACCAGCUCAGUGGCCACAGGUAAACCUUUAGUGGUGAACACCGGAGCGGUCAGGAUGUCGGUCCCAGUCGUCCAAGCACAGACAAUAAAACAAGUGGCGCCUAAGCCCUUGACAUCUGCACCACAGGUGGUCACCACCACUCAGACACAGCAGCGGCUCAUCAUGCCCGCCACCCCUCUGCCCCAGAUCCAGCCCAACUUCACCAACCUGCCCCCAGGGACCGUCCUCACAUCUGCCCCCGGUGGCAGCAAUGUGGGUUACGCUGUUGUUCCAGCACAAUACGUCACGCAGCUCCAGCCGUCACAGUUUGUGACACUCGCCAGCAGCUCUAGUUUUCCUGCGUCCAGCAGCGUCCAAACUCAGGCCAAACUCCCUUACAAUGGCGUGUCGGCAGCAGAGACAACCUCGAGACCCAGAAAACCAUGCAACUGCACCAAGUCACAGUGCCUCAAGCUGUACUGCGACUGCUUUGCAAACGGAGAGUUUUGUAAUAACUGUAACUGCAACAACUGCUUCAACAACCUGGAGCACGAAACGGAACGACUCAAAGCCAUUAAGACCUGCUUGGACAGAAACCCCGAGGCCUUCAAACCUAAAAUUGGCAAAGGCAAAGAGGGCGAGUCAGACCGCCGGCACAGCAAAGGCUGCAACUGCAAGCGGUCGGGCUGCCUGAAGAACUACUGCGAGUGCUAUGAGGCAAAGAUCAUGUGCUCGUCCAUUUGCAAAUGCAUUGGUUGCAAAAACUUUGAGGAGAGCCCCGAGAGGAAGACGCUCAUGCAUCUGGCGGACGCGGCAGAAGUGAGGGUCCAGCAGCAGACGGCAGCCAAGACCAAACUCUCCUCACAGAUCUCAGACCUGCUGAUGAGGACGACUCCCAUUAUAUCAAGUGGAGGCGGGAGGCUACCGUACACGUUCGUGACGAAAGAAGUGCUGGAAGCGACGUGUGAGUGUUUACUGGAGCAGGCCAAACGGGCCGAACAGACUCGUCAGCCUCAGGCGGAGGCGGAGAGGGCGAUCCUGGAGGAGUUUGGACACUGCCUCAUGAGCAUAAUCAGCUCUGCCGGGAAAGCUAAAACGGACUGCGCCUCCAUCAACUGCUAGGCUGAACUCUUCUGGCUCUUUGUUCACAAACUCUUGGACAUGGACAAGCCGGACCCUCUGCCUGCUCUACGGAAACGCUGAAAGCGGAGAGAUCCUCAAGACUGCUGGAGUUAAGCUGCAUUACUAGACUUGAGCUGGAAAACAAAAGGACAGAGCACACUGCCUCUGAAACAUGAACUUCAGCCCGAUUUAUUGCCCUCUAAGGGCUCUCCGGAUCUCUCCUCUGUUUUUAUUUUGUACACUCUAUUCUUUUGCCAUCCUGACGUUUUCCAAGAACCCCUGUAUUUUAACGUCAGCAGUUUAUCUGUGUUUAUCAGUAGAGGAACUAUCUUUUUGAUAUUUAUUUUAACAAAUCUUUGUAAUCAAGUGUGAGUGUUAAUAUGCAAGGUUUAGAGCUCUGCAGUCUGUCAAUUAUUAACUGAGGCUAGGCUAAACUAUUCCAGCAGCAGUAAGUGGAGAUUUUCUACAGGUGUACAGAGAGAGAUGGAGUCCCCCUCGUAGCAGCUGAACACACUCAGAUUGAUGGAGUUCCACAUUUUCCCCAGGUGCUCUUCUAUGCUUUAUUAAACGCAAACUGUACAUGAGCUCGCAGCAAUGACUUGAGAAAACAUUAGAUCCAUAUGACUGACGUUCCUGCGUGUCAUAACGAAGAAUUACCAGGAUUUACACCAGCUGUUUUCGUCUGACUUAAAAUUUUGUUUUAACCCUCCCGCGGUCGUAAAACAGUAAAUUAACACCAUGCGCGCGGUCCGGUGGGGUCGCAUUAAUACCGCGUGCGGUGUGUGUGUGUGUGCGCCCGCGCGGGGUUUCGGGAACUGAUGAUCUCCUUACAUCAACUCGGAGACACGACUAUGGCGUCAACUGUAAACGACAUACCGCUGGCUUUGCUAGCGCGCUAACGCUAACUUUAAAAAGCGAGACGAACGCGGGAGAUUUUAAAGUAACAGGGUCUUACUGCUCAGACACCCAGAAUUUAAACAGAACUUUUUCAGAAUUAUACCCAAAAUAAAAACUAAUCUCAGUAGGUCAUACUGGAUGUGCACAUUCAAGAUAACUUUUGUUCUGGUUUUGGAAGUAGCUUCCCAGGUUUACUUACUGCAUUUGUUAAAGAAAAAAAAUUAAUAAACCCAUGCCACCUUCUGUUGUCCUCCCCAUAAACAAGCUAUUUUAGGGACGCACCAUUAUGAAAAUUUUGGCCAAUAUCAAUAUUAACUUUGCUGUUAUGGUUGAUUAACCAAUAUUUACCGUUGACAUUGCUUCUCUACUUCAGCUGUGCAGCCCUCAAUCCUGCUUUGCAUCAUGAUUUUUAUUUCAAGUAAAAAAUAAUGAAAUACAAAAAGAGGACAUGAGUAGAAGUGAAAUAACUUAUUGCCAUUACUCUUCUUUUACAGUAUAUGUCAUGAUAAUUUCUAAGUAUUAUUUACAUAUUUGAUACAGUUCAGAUUAUUAUAUCAACUUAUAACACUUCAUAACUCAGUCCCAGAGAAAAAGUUGAUUUCUUCAAUUUCUAUCAUCAGUACAACCUCUCCUCAAUUUGUAGUUCUCAAAUAUUUUUGUAUUGCUUUGCAAAAUUGCUUGUUUGUGCUUUGCUUCAACUCCUCUCUCAUACCAUUCCAUAUACACUACACAAAUUGAUACACAUUGAUACAACCUUCUAGCACGAACAGUGUUGUUUUCUUUGUUAAUGAAGUUGACCUCAAAUUGUACAUCCCCUUCAAUAAGCAUUUGCUGAAUGUUUCCAGGAAGUAAACCGAUUCUUGUUUUUAACGCAA